UCAUGAGGUUUGCGCUGAUGAGCGCAUUCUGUUAUGUGUUCACGGGCUUGUGCUUGCGGUUCCUUUAAAGUUGUGCAGAAGUGAGAGAAGAUCCUUACUGUAGGAGGGGGGAGGGGGCAGUGCACCAAUAAGGGUGACUCGUUAUGGGAGCUGCGCAGCGUCGGCACAGAUAAGAUGAGCAUGUUAGCGUUUCAUUAUGAAGACGCCGCGGCGAGCGAAUGGUUGUGAAUGGCGUUAAAAGUACGCGACCCUUAAGUCACAUUAGGUUUAUAACGUUUGUCGAGAAUAAAUGGAUGGACAACGGAAGAUUAUAUUUGGAAAUCACUUGUCAUCGGGGGAGACGACUUAUUGGAAAUAAUGGGGAAUACGACUCCCAAACCGCUUGAUGCAAACCUGCAGUACCGUCCGGUGGUCAGCCGCCAGUACUACACGUUACCGGGCAACGGCCAGGAGCGACGCACAUCGGCGCCGCCAGCCUCGCUGGCCCCGGAGCCCCCUCGCUUCCACCCGCAGGCCAAGGGCAAGAACAUCCGGCUGGACGCGCAGCUGCGGCGCGCCACGCGCAAGAACAGCUUCUGCAACGGCAUCACCUUCAGCCAGCGGCCCGUGCGCCUCUACGAGAAGGUGCGCCUGCGGCUGUCCGGCGUGCACAGCGGCUGGAGCGGCGCGCUGCGCUUCGGCUUCACCUGCCUCGACCCCGGCGAACUCUCCUCCUCCGACAUCCCCAAGUACGCCUGCCCUGACCUGGUGACGCGGCCCGGAUACUGGGCGAAGGCCCUGCCCGAGCGUCUGGCCCUGAGGGACAAUGUCCUGGCCUUCUGGGCCGACCGGCAUGGCAGGGUAUUCUACAGCAUCAACGAGGGCGAGCCCAUCCUGUUCCACUGCGGGCUAAGCAUCGGUUGCCCCCUGUGGGCGAUUAUCGAUAUCUAUGGUAUUACGCAGGAGGUCACGCUGCUGGAGAGUACGUUUGCCGAGAGUGUUGGUGCCAGCUGUCUGAGCGCGGUGCGUCUGAGCGCCUACCUGCCGCAGAGCAGCCACGACUCGGCCAACUACAGCAACAACCAGCUGGAGAGCAGCCAGGCGGCAGCUGCCAAGAUGGCCACCCUGCAGCUGGGCCCCUACAAUCAGCUCAUCCCCUGCUGUUCUUCAUCGCCCUCUUCCUCCUCCGCCCUCAACAACCCUACCUCUUCCUCUGCCAACCCCUCUGCCGCUGUGUCCACCACCCCUCCGCCUCUGACCCUCUCCUCAGCCGGGCCGAGGCUGAUGGCGCCGCCGUCCUCCCCUCGCGGCCGCACCUCCCCGUUGGACUCGGACCUCCACUUCCACCCGGUGCGCGGUUCGGACGUGGUGCUGUCGGCCGACCGCACGGCCGCCUGCGUGCACUUCCUGGACGGCAGCCGCACGCUGGUGUUCAGCGACCGGCCGCUGCGGCCCGGCGAGACGCUCUACGUGGAGGUGGGCCACCUGGGUCUGCCCUACCUGGGCACGCUGCUCUUCGGCAUGACCUCCUGCGACCCCGCCGGCCUGCAGGCUUGCGACCUGCCCUCCGACCCCAACCUGCUGCUGGACCGAAAGGAGUACUGGGUGGUGUACCGCGGCUUCCCCAUGCCCUGCUCCGGAGACGUGCUCAGCUUCUGCCUGCUGCCCAACGGGGAGGUGCACCACGGGGUGAACGGAGGCGCCCGCGGCAGGCUGCUGUGUGUGGACUCCUCCCAGCCGCUCUGGGCCUUCUUCACCCUCCACGGGGCCGUCAACCGUCUCAGGAUCCUGGGCACUCUGCAGGCCAGCCCUCCCCUCAGCUCUCCCUCCAUCUCCCAGAGCAGCUCGCCUGACGACAGCGACUCAGACCUGGCCUUCAGUGUCAACCGCUCCUCCUCUGCCUCGGAGUCUUCUCUGGUCACGGCCCCCAGCUCCCCCCUGAGCCCCCCUGUCUCCCCCACCCUCCCCUCCCCAGAGAGCGUCAUCAAGACUGGCGAGUGCACCGUGUGCUUCGACCAGGAGGUGGACACGGUCAUCUACACCUGUGGCCACAUGUGCCUGUGCCACGAGUGCGGCCUGAAGCUGAAGAAGCAGAUCAAUGCCUGCUGUCCCAUCUGCAGGAGGCCCAUCAAGGACGUCAUCAAGACGUACCGCCCGUAACCCAGCAGGGUCGGCCUGGGGGUGGGUUGGCUUACGAACAAGAGGGGGUCCAAUCCAACCCCACCACCACUUGGCUAAUGACUCUAUGGAUUCAUGGAGUAGCCCCCCCCCAAACAUCCACAACCACUAUCCUGAUUCUCUUACGGAGAGAACUGCUUUGUGGCGAUCAUGGUGGUGAUGUUUAAUGGACAGAGCUGAUUGUGGUGAGGAACUGUUGUGUAGCUUGCCCAGCGAGCAGCAGGGGAAAAACAAGCCAAGAGGACCCGGAGUGAGGAGUCUUUACCCAGGAAAAAAAAAACAAAUGUGUUUCAGUGCCUUUGAUCUUGGAACAUUGUCCUCGAAGCAGCACAUAACUUCAAAAAAAUGACAAUCACCCCUUUUUUUCUAUGUUUCAUGUAUAUAUUUUCUGUUGUCUCUUUCUUUCUUUCCUUUAAAGACAAUGGUUGAAUGGACGUAGGAUGAUAUGAGAGAACCAAACCAAAAGGGGAUCGGUCCAGGGAAUGUUAAACGCUGGAACAACCUUUACUCUGAGGUCUAAAGGCUUCUUUGGCAGAUGGAGGUAGAGCACCACCAGUGGGGCAGGAUAAAGGCUGCCAUGUUGUUUGCACUUUUGACUAGUUUGACGUAGAAGUGGAACACUAAUGGCAAAUGAGAAAGCCGGGUCCCGGUUAUGGUUUUAAUAUAAAUAUGAUUAUGUAUUCAAUUAAAUGAUUGUGUUAACCAAUCUGUACAUGUAUGUUUCAAAUUGUAUGACUGUAAAAUAUAUGUUCAUUUAUCUGUUAUCAUAAUUCUCUAUUUUCUGACUAUAAAGACGACUGCUGCACUCAUUUCAGAUUGCUAUUUCUCUGCAUCGGCAGGAAUCCAUAACUACCAUCUCGUACAAACUUCAGACAGCAUCAGCAGGAAUCCAUAACUACCAUCUCGUACAAACUUCAGACAGCAUCAGCCAGCUGCCUUAGCCUCUCAGCAUGAAGGAUCAAGCUAAUUUAGCCGUAGAAGCUGGUUCCAUUUAUCAGGGGCUUGAGAGACAUUCGUCAUUUGCUGUUAGGUGGUCAUGCUCAAAUAAAGCCGUACAAGGUUCCUACGCACAAACUACUGAAAGAGGCUUUCUCAGAGAUAGUUGUGAGCAAGUUUUGUGUAGGAAACCGUGUACAUGUGUCUCCUACAGGUUUAAAUUUCAGAUUGGUGCCUUAGCAGACAAAAGAAAUUGCACUACCUUUCACAACCCCUUUUUUUCCAGGCAAAACUGUGUUGUGUGUGAGGUGAAGAAGAAAGAUGGUGGCAGUACUUCACCUACACACAAGAUAUUGAACUUGAGAGAACAAAAACCUGGAUAACUGCACCAGUUGGCCACUUAGAACUUCAACGCUGAAAUACAAUCAUCCUCAGCUAUUCUCUCAUAGGUGCUCAAAUGGUGAUAUUUGUCACAAGCUCAAUACAACACUAACUCCUCACUGUUGAGUUCAACCACUCAGCAUAUAAGAAGGUUCACCUAAUUUCUUCCCACUGCAUUCCUGCUAAACUGGGAUAAUGAGCCAGCUUGUUUAUGGCUGUAAAUUCAAGAUCCGCUGGCCUUGAAAACUGGUAAUUCUGCAUUAGGUGUGAUCUCAUUAUUUGAUUUCUUCAGUGAAUUCGUAGGCAUGUACUUACCUUCUGUAUGGAUGUGUAAAUUCCAGUUUGUUUUCCUGAGAACAAUUUCUUUCACCCAAGGCUUUUGCACCCAUCUUCAAAUGUUAGAAAAGAAAUUACCUAAUACACAACCAAAGCUGCUGUACAAACAAACACAUUCUCAGGACGGGGUUGACAAGUAAACCUUAUCAAUUGUGAAUGUAAAUCUUGUCUUGUUGUAUGCUUGUAAAAAUAAACAUGUUUCCAAAUGUUAGCCGCAGUUUUGAAGGUGCGAGAUUGCGGUUCGUGCAAAUGAACGCUAGAGGUCAGCCUUUGCUAAGUGGUUCUCUCUGUGUCCUUUUUGCCUCUGUCCGCUGUACAGUCAAACUCUACUAUGGUUCCGUUUUUGCCGUUGCUUGUAGUGUUUGUACAUUUGAAUAUACUUGGCCAUUACACAUUAAAUAUCCUGUGUGUUCCCUUUGA